UAAGGUAGGCCAUGACUUAGGGCAUAGAAAUAGUUUGACGUUAGACUGGUUCAUAAUGUAAUAAACUCUUGAAGCAGAAAGACGCUGGCCUUAUUACUUCUACAAUUCAGAAGUGGGAUACACCAUGUUUCUUCGAAGUCAGAAAUCAACCGCUGAGCUGGAACAAAGUAUUGCCUCGAAUUCUGGAGCACAGGAAAACCAGACGUCGCACAACAAGAAUGCUGUAGAAAUGGUAAAUGCAGCCGGAAAUGCUGGUCAAUCGGUUUCCGGUUCAAGUUCUGGAGCUGUUUGUGGUUACGAGACUGGAGGACGUUCACUGCAAAAUUGCGGAUCAUCGGCUGCAGGUAUCGUCGCGUCAAGCGCAAUGAAUGCUGCUGCUCCCGCUGCCCAACCAACUUCCGGAUCGGUGUUGAAUCGCAUUGAAGACGGAAGGGGAGACUUUGUAGAGGUUCAUAAUCCCAGUCAAUCAAACUCGUCUGUUCAAGCUGAAAUCUUCGGUGUCAGAAGGUCUGCAAUGUUUCAAGGCCUGGAGAAUCAUCAAACGAAUUUCGGUCAUUUCAAGCCAGAAGACAUUUCUUCGAUGUUGCCGUCGUAUUCUGGGGGUGCCGAAGAGGAUGUGAAUCAUUUCAUUGCUGUCUUGGAGAACACGAAACAAGCCCUGAAUGUUAGUAGUUUUGUUAUGAAGCUGGUCGUGAUAAGAAAUUUGAAGGGAAAAGCGCAAGCCUGGUUGCAUUCACAAGCGGAUUUCAUGAUGAAAGACUAUGCUGAUCUAAUAAGAAGCCUGCAAGAGUUUUUUGACUGCCCAAUAAAUACGUUUGAAGUAAGGAAGCGUUUGGAAAGGAAGACCUGGUCUGGAAAAUUUGAAUCAUUCGCUGAUUAUUGUCAAGCCAAAAAAGUUCUCGCGCAAAAUCUGAAGAUGCCGGAGUCAGAGUUGAUUGAUUAUAUCGUUGAAGGAAUCAUGGACCCUGUAUUGAAAAAUCAAGCUAGACUAUCAAAUUUCAAAACUGUUGCGGAAAUACUUCAAGCGUUUCGUAUGAUUGGAAGUGAAACAAGAUCACAAGUGCCGUUGAGAAAGCCCAUCCAAUGUUAUUCCUGUAGUCAAUUUGGACAUGUUGCUGCGUUUUGCUGGAAGUCACGUGAGAAGUUACAGAGGACUAACCGAUUUGCAAGAAACCAACAAGAGGAUGUUCUGACAUCAAAACAUGUAAAUGCUGUAGUAGAAAAUGACAUAGAAUCAGGCAAUGGACGUCACGGAUUGAAUUGAAUUUUAUGUUAUUGCUGAUAAGUUAAUGGGACUCUUCGAUGCCAUAAUCGGACGAGAUGUGAUCAUGCGGCCAGAAAUUCGAACGGUAAUUCAAAACGGUAUCAGCAUUCGAGAGAACGACAAUAGGUAUUUGCAAAUUGAAAAUCCAUCUCUUAUCAAGGUAAAUAAAAAUAUUUUAUGCAACAUCAGUUCCGAUAGUUAUGAAGCAUUGUUAUCAAAUAUUGGAAACGUAACUAAUGACCAGAAGGCAAAUUUUUUGGAAUGUUAUAAAAAUAAAUAUGCUUUCAACAAAAAACCUGUAAUGCCAGCCACAGACUAUGAAAUGACAAUCACUCUGAAAAAUGACGUGCAUUUUAAUUUUAAACCGAGGAGAUUAUCUUUUUCUCAAAGAAAUAAAGUAGAUGAAAAAAUUAAAGAUCUUUUAAAAGAGGAAAUUAUUAAAGAAAGCAAUUCCCCUUACGCAAAUCCAAUAGUACUGAUUCCUAAAAAAGAUAAUGAUUUUAGACUCUGCGUGGAUUAUAGGAAAUUGAACAAAAAUACUAUUAGAGAUAAUUACCCAUUACCUGUUAUAGAUGACUUGAUAGACUCUUUGAAAGGUAAAACUAUUUUCUCAAUAAUUGAUUUAAAGUCCGGAUUUCACCAAAUCAGAAUAGCCAAGGAGUCUACUAAAUAUACGUCUUUUGUGACACCAAAAGGCCAAUAUGAGUACCUUCGUGUUCCAUUUGGAUUGUGUAAUGCUCCUGCAGUGUUCCAAAGGUUUAUCAAUAAAAUAUUCAAACAAUUGAUUGAUGAUGGUAAAAUUGUUGUUUAUAUAGAUGAUAUCUUAAUAGCUAGCAAAAAUUUCAAAGAACAUUUGGAAACAUUAGCUCAAGUUUUUCAAAUUUUAAAUGAUAAUUUAUUGGAAAUUAAUCUUAAUAAAUGUAAGUUUUUAUUUAAUGAAAUAGAUUACUUAGGAUAUACUAUCAAUAAAUUUGGGAAAAAACUCAACAAAAUUCACAUUGAAAGUAUUUCAAAUUUUCCCGUUCCUAAAAAUAGUAAAGAUGUCCAGCGUUUUUUAGGACUAACAAGUUACUUUAGAAAAUUUGUAAAAAAUUUUGCAACUAUUGCUCGACCAUUAUAUAACCUCUUAAAGAAAGACACAAAGUUUGCUUUUGAGAAUACUGCUUUAGAAACUUUUCAAACGUUGAAAAAUAAACUAAUUUCUUCCCCGAUUCUUGCUACAUUUG